AUUAUCGCGCUACCCCGGAAAUUUCCAAUCUCUACCCGCUCUUAAAUUCCAAAAACGGGAAUUAAGUGAAUUAUGGGCUAAAAUUGACCGUAAAUUCACCCAAGUUAGAGAAUCCGCCGAUAUUCUUGACCCUAAGAAGGCUGAAGCCAUAAAUUUAAGUGAAGUCGUUAGACAAGUUAGAUCUGCUAAAGGUUUUUAUAGGUCAAGCAUGAUCUCGAUCGACGAAUCGAUUGAGGAGAUCACGAAGGCAAACGAAACCCGACCAUCAUUACCCGAACCCCCACAACCCAGCAGUUCUGUAGCCUUCAAUGUACCCCCAUGCGAUAUGCCUACAUUUCAUGGAGAUUUUAAAUCUUGGGCUUCUUUCCGGGAUCUUUUUAAGGCCAUUUAUGGUAACAACACACGCUUAAGUGGAGUUGAAAAACUCUUCUAUCUUAAGCAAAAAACGAGCGGCGAAGCCAAAGAAAUCGUUGACAACGCACCCCUAACUAAUGAUGGCUUUCUCAUUGCGUGGACCCAACUCGUCUCUCAAUUUGAAAAUAGACGAAUGCAAAUCAAUGCGCAAUUGAAAACACUUUUUAAUUUACCCACAGUAAGCACCAUGUGCAGUGCUUCUAUAAGAAAGCUUCAGAGAAAGAUUAAUUGUUGUAUUGCUAAUUUAAAUUCAUUAGAAAUUGAUACGGAUAAUUGGGAUCCUAUCUUUGUAUAUCUUUGCUUAUCAAAAUUACCCAAAGAAACCCGAAGAGAGUUUGAAAAAACUCUCAAUGAUAGCGCUGAAAUGCCGCCUUGGACGAAUCUUGAUGUGUUCUUAACGAACACUUUUAAAGAACUUACAUCAGUAAACGAUGUUCCAGAUUCGAAUCCUAAUACCCACCCUAAAACCAAACAAUUUACUGAAACAAAAUAUAACCCUGACAGGAGAGCCAAAGCGUUUCACAAUGUAACCCAUUCUUCAAAGAAACCCCACCCAAACCCCAAACCUCAAAAUGAACAAAAAUUCUCUAACCCAAACCAUAUACCCAAUUCAAAUACCCAAAAGAAUGCAAAUGCCCAAAAUACCCAAAAGAAACCAAAUACCCAAAACACCCAAACUAAACUCUAUGGGUCCAUUUGCAAACUUUGUGAAAAGAAUCACACCCUAAGAGAAUGUUCUUCAUUUAAUUCUUUAGGAUUAAACCAAAGAAUUGAAUUUGUAAAUGAGAAUGGAAUUUGUUACAAUUGUUUAGCUACUGGACAUGUCAUAAAAGAUUGUUAUAGCGCAUUUAAGUGUAGAUAUUGCGGCGGUAAACAUAAUUCGCUUUUACACAAGCCGAACUCUAACCCUAACCCACAAGUUGAAAAUACUCAGGCGUCAACAUCACACAAUGCAGUACAGUCUUUCUCAACCCACACCCAAUCAAGCAAACCAAUACCCAUAGAUGACAGAACGAAGUUAUUAGGAACUGCAGUUCUGAACGUUGAUGUUCAAGGAGAACUAUUUCCAGCUAGAGCGCUUAUUGACCCAGCUUCAGACUUCUCGUUUAUCACAGAUAAACUGAGAAGGAAGUUAAAAUUACCCACUACACCCAUAGUUGCUGAAAUAUCAGGAUUGAAUGAAAUAGUUUCAGCUCGUUCGAAUAAAUUAUGUCAAGUUUUAUUGCGCUCUAACACACAAAAUGAAUUUAAAUUGAAUAUCCAAGCAAUUGUUGUUAAAACAUUAACCAAAAACUUACCCACCCAAAAUUUAAACCCCACCCUAAUACAAGACUUGGAAAAUAUUCAAUUGGCUGACCAAAAAUUCUACGAAAGUCGACCUAUAGACUUUAUUAUUGGCAGCGAUUUUUACCCACAGAUUUUAAAAUCUGGAGUCAGAAAAGACUUACUCAAUACCCUUAUAGCUCAGGAGACUGAGUUUGGCUGGAUUUUAACAGGACCCGUUCAGAAUUCGCAAAAUACCCAACCCUUAGUUUCUUACUUCAGUUCAGUAACGCUUGAUAAAGUUUUGACCAAGUUCUGGGAAAUUGAAGAUGUACCCACCCAACCCAAAGUUUCAGAAGAAAGUUCUUUAUGUGAAGAAACUUUCAAGACCACUACCCUUCGAUUGCCAAAUGGCCGUUAUCAGGUAAAUUUACCAUUUAUAUACCCUCCUGUUGAGUUAGGAAACUCUAGACACGUUGCUAUGGCUCAAUUUCUACGUAACGAGAAAAGUUUAAUGAAAAAGCCAGAGCUUAAAAUGGAAUAUGAUAACGUCCUACAAGAGUAUAUCGAUUUAGGUCAUAUGAAACCAAUUAAAUAUAACCCAAACAUUCCUUCAAACACCCAUUAUUAUUUACCCCAUCACGCUGUUGUUAAACUUGAUCGUGUUACGACAAAAGUUCGAGUUGUAUUUAAUGCAUCUAGCAAAACCUCGAACGGCAACAGUCUUAAUGAUACCCUACACACUGGUCCUACCCUACAACAAGAUUUAGUUGUACUUAUCUUGAAAUGGCGCUUUUACAAGAUAGUUUAUAAUGCCGACAUUACAAAAAUGUACCGGCAAAUUAUGCUAAACCCUACCCACACACCCUUCCAACGGAUAUUAUUCCGUAAAAGCGUCAACGAACCCAUUCAAGAUUAUGAACUGCAAACAGUUACAUUUGGUGUUAACUGUGCACCAUAUUUGGCUAUUAGAACCCUACACAAAUUAGCCGACGACAUUCAAAAUACCCACCCUAUAGCUUCGCAAAUUUUGCGAAACAACAUGUAUGUUGAUGAUGUCUUAGCCGGAGGUCACACAAUUGAAGAAGCUCAAAAAGCUCAAACCCAAUUGAUCGCGGCUCUAGACUCUGCUGGUUUUCCUUUGAGAAAAUGGAUUUCCAAUACAAAGGAAUUAUUACACAAUUUACCCGAAGAACAUCUACUAGAUGUUGAUUUACUCACCCUACCCGAAUCAAAUAAUGCUAAAACGUUAGGCAUUCGUUGGAACGCUAAGGAAGAUACGUUUUUCUUUAAUGUACCCUUAAUUGAAAGAAAAUCAGCAUACACAAAGCGAACUGUGUUAUCAGACAUUGCUCGUCUUUUUGACCCAGCUGGUUGGUUAGCGCCAAUUGUUAUAUCUGCCAAGAUUAUUAUGCAGCAAAUUUGGCAAGAUAAUACAGCUUGGGAUGAAUGUCUUAACCCACUCACCCUUAUAAAAUGGCAAAAGUUUUUGCAGUUCUACGAUAAUAUUAAUAGAAUUCGUAUUCCAAGAUGGAUUAACUUUUCACCUUCAGCAAAAAUUGAGUUUCAUGGUUUUUCAGAUGCUUCUGAAAAGGCAUACUCUGCAUGUCUAUAUGCACGAGUAACACCCAUAGACGGACCUAAUUCCGUAACCCUACUCUUCGCUAAGACGAGAGUUGCGCCAAUCAAAGUAAUCUCGUUACCAAAACUUGAACUUUGUGGUGCAGUGUUGUUGGCAAAUAUGACACACAAUGUACUCACCCAACUCAACCUACCCUUACAUCAGACGUAUUUCUGGACCGACUCAUCUAUAGUUUUGGCCUGGCUUAGUAAACACCCUAACUCGUGGAAUACAUUUGUGGCAAACAGAGUUUCAACAAUUCUACAAACAGUAGGAGUAGAUAACUGGAAUCAUGUUGCUUCACACGAUAAUCCUGCCGAUGUUGCUAGCCGAGGAUGUAAUGCUGAUGAGUUAAAAGAUGACACUUUAUGGUGGAAUGGACCAUCGUGGUUGAAAGAAGUCGCGUCGAAGUGGCCAACAACAGAUAAACACUUUAUUACUCAAGCUGAAGCUAAAGUUAGUCAGUCGUUUACUACGACAGUUAAUACCCACCCUACCUUAGAUACGAAUACUGAAAACCCAGAUAUAUUAUCAAGAUUUUCGAAAUUGUCAAAAGCUCUAAGAGAUCUUAACCCGUUAACCCCUGGACACUUUUUAAUUGGCUCACCCAUACUUACCCCUGCAGAACCCGACACAAGCAGUGAUAAUAUAACCCUGGCAAACAGAUGGCAAAAAUUAAGGAUACAACAUCACAACUUUUGUAAAAGAUGGAAAGAUGAAUAUCUUAAAGAGCUCCAUAAAAGAUAUAAGUGGAAAAACCCUACCCGAGAAGUUGAAAUAGGUGAUAUUGUAGUAAUUAGACAAGACAAUUUAGCACCCAAUGAAUGGUUACUUGGACGUGUGACCAAAACACACCCUGGUUCUGAUGGUAGAAAUAGAGUAGUUGACUUACAAACUUCAACUGGAACUCUAACCCGACCAAUUACUAAAAUUGUUGUUUUACCCGCUAAUUAG